AUGUCAAAAGUGCUUUAUCUUGAUACUAUUUCUGAUGUCAAGACUGUUGAUGAAAAUAUCAAGAGAUUUAGCUCUUUAAAUCAAUCUGUUGUUAAACAUUUUAGAAAUUUAUCAGAUUUAAUAAUUUAUUUAUGUGAUGUUGGUUCUUCAGAUUUAGAUUUAGAUUAUCCUUCAGUUUUCAUUAUAAAUGAACAUACAUUAACAAAUAGAAGUCGUGUUUUACACGAAGGGAUACAGAAAACUCCUUUGAAUAUUUUACCAUAUGAUGAAAUUUAUGAAUUAUUAAAACAUCAUUAUAAACAUUUUAAUCCAUUAAUUUAUAAAUUAAAUGAAUUUUCCAUUACCAAGAUAAAUAAAGUUAUUGAUGAUUAUCAUAAAGUUUUAAAAAAUAGAAUACUUCGAAUGAAAUCUUGGACUGGAUUAAAUAAUGAAAAUACUAAAAAAUGUCCUUGUUUACAUAGUAUGACAAAUUGUUUAAAUACAAUUUUACAAAAAGAUUAUCAAAUUUCAAACAAACUUAUAAAUUAUGUCUCAUUAAUUAAUCAAGAUAUAGAUUUUUUCAAAAUUUUAUCAUUACCAAAACCAUUGGAAUAUUAUUUAUAUUGUAUUGGUAAUUGGGGGUUUAUUGCUCAAGAAUUAACUUGUGAUAUAACUUAUUGUGCUUUCCAAAUUUUUAAAAUUUCAUUUGGUAUUAUCAAGGAUAAUGAUUCUUUAUUAUUAAAAGAUAAUGAAAUUUUCAGUUUCCUUUUCAGUCUGAGAGAUUCUUAUCGUGGAGGGAAUAAUUUCCAUAAUUUUAGACAUGCAGUUGAUGUGUUACAAGCAACUUUUUAUUUCCUUUUAAGUAUUGAAGCAUUACCAAAAUUCCCUUAUUAUACAAAUGAUUAUCAAAUUCAUCCAAGAGAUCAAAUGAAUUCAAAUUAUAAAUACCAAGGUAAACAAGAUUAUAAUCAUGAUAAUUCAUUAUUACAUCCAAUUCAAACUUUAGCUUUACUUGUUUCAAGUAUUGGUCAUGAUGUUGGACAUCCAGGUUUAACAAAUCCAUUUUUAAUUAAUAAUGAAUCUCCAAUUGCUAAAAUUUAUUCAAAUCAAUCAGUAUUAGAACACUAUCAUUUAACUAUAUUUCAAGAUAUUUUAUCUUUCCAUUGGCCAUCUUUUUUGAAAAAUGAAUUUACAAAUGAAAAAGAUUCACCUUUAAACACAAAGACUAUGCAAAUUGAAUCAAUUUUAGCCACUGAUAUGGCUAAUCAUUUUGAAUAUCUUCAUAAAAUAAAUCAAGUUUCAGAAUUAUUAGAAAAUCCUGAACAAAGACCAUUAAUUAAAGAUUCUUUAAAACAUACAAAUGUUAUUUUAUCAUUAAUUAUAAAAUGUGCAGAUAUUUCAAAUGUUUCAAGACCUUUAUUUAUUUCAACAAAAUGGGCUGUGGUACUUGGUCGUGAAUUUUCAGAAAUUGCUCAAUUAGAAAAUAAUUUAAAUAAAGGUAUAAGUGUUGAUGAAUUAGAUGAUCCAAGAUUAGGUCCACAUUUCCCAAUAACUGUCAAAGAAGCUGUUGAUAAUAAUCCUUCAUUACCAAAAGGUCAAUUAUUUUUCAUAAAUACAUUUGCUGAAGCACUUUUCAAAGAAGUUUGUACUGUAUUACCAGAAUUAAAAUUUAGUUCUGAAUUGGUUCAAAAAAAUAAACAAUUUUGGGAAAAUGUUGAAUCAGAUUCAAUUGAUUUAUCAACAGUUGGUGAAUAUAUUUGA